AUGGUGGACUCUCAGUACUUCCUCCCCAAUGACAUUGGGAUCUCUGCGCUGGACUGUACUGAAGCCUUUCGCCUGCUGUCCCCUAGAGAAAAGCUCUAUGCACACUACCUCUCCCGGUCUGCCUGGUAUGGAGGACUGGCAGUGCUGCUGCAGACCUCGCCUGAGUCUGCCUCCAUCUUCGUUCUCUUACAGAGGCUGUUCCGCAAGCAGCCACCAGCACAGCUGGAGAGCAUGGCCACUGCAGCUGGACUUAGUCCUGAGGAGUACCAGGUCAAGUAAUGCACCUGCCUACAGAGCCUGGAGAGAAAGACUGAGUCAAACAAUGUAUACACCAUAGAAUUAGAAUGUGUACACACACACACACACACACACACACACACACACACACUCUGAUGGUACAUGCUAGAGUUCUAUCAGAAUGUAGGCUAUAGAGUACAGAGUACACGGUGAGUUGAAUACGUCACACAUCCACUCCACCUGCCCAGGCAUCCAGCCUGUUGUAAUAAACAUGUCUUCUGUAACUCAGCCUGACUAGAUAAUAAUAGCUAUUCUUCUUCUCUGUUUGUAGGCCUUUCUUGUUUAUGCUGCUGGUCUCUAUGCCAACAUGGGAAACUACAAGUCAUUUGGAGACACCAAGUUCAUUCCCAACCUCCCCAAGGUAGAUCAUCCUCGCUUUUAUAACUGAAUGUAUUAUUUUAAAAAGCCUUGACAUAAUCACGGUGGUGGCCUCUAAUAACCACUCAUUGCGGUAUAGGAGAAGCUGAAGGACCUUGUGUGGCAGAGCCAGGCCUUCCAGGACAGCCCCAGUGAGAUGGAGGCCCUGUGGGACAGCUGCUCCACCCUCCUCUUCUCCCUGGAGGACCAACAGAAACAGCUGGGCUUGGGGGACAAGGUGAGACACUUCCUGAUGCCAAGCUCUCAUCCCACUCAUGCCUUAUGUGGUGAUUGGUCCACUUAUUGCCAGCCUUAGUUGUUUAAAUAAAUCCUGUAUACUGUAGCCUAGGUGUUGAUAAUGAUGUUGUUUUAUUUCUUGUUCUCAGGGAAUCACCACAUACUUCUCAGGGAACUGUUGCUUGGAGGAUGCAGAGUUGGCCCAGAAAUUCCUGGAUUCAAAGGUGUGUAUUCAAGUUUGUCUUAUGUCUGUGUUAUUAGUAUUGCAGGAUUUAGGCGGCAGGUAGCCUAGCUGUUAAGAGCAUUGGGCCAGUAACAGAAAGGUCACUGGUUCGAAUCCCCAAGCCAACUAGGUAAAAAAUAUGUUUAUGUGCCCUUGAGCAAGGCACUUCACCCUAAUUUCUCAUGUAAGUCGCUCUGGAUGAGAGCGUCUGCUAAAUGACUAAAAUGUAAAUAUAUAUGUGUCUCCCUUACAGAACCUGAGUGCCUACAACACACGACUGUUCAAGAACAAAUCAGAAGGGAAGCCCAACUAUGAGGUGCGCCUGGCGUCAGCUGUGCAGAAGGGUGAGAGUGCCAUGUCCUUUUUAAAAAGCUAUGCUAAUUGAGGAAACACUGGUGGUUGCUGGUUCUUUUUCUGUUAAUGUCAGUAAUGCAUUCUCUUUAUUAAAUCCCCCUUUUCUGUCAUUGCUGUAGACUGUGCAGUGGAUGGGGAGGGGGAGACCAGGUGUGGCAGAUAUGACUUUGAGGACUGUGUCUUCACGGUGUCCAGGGGAGACUAUGCUUACCUCAUGAAGAAAGUGAGUGAAAAUCUGGAGAAAGCGAAGGUGAGUUCAAACAGUAUCCUAAUUCAAAUGAAUGUUUGUCCCAUUAUCAAUUAAAGAGUGUAUGUGUUUCGAAACUACUAGUGCAUCUUAAAAAUGUACGUUUGGUCUCAUGUGAACGUCUUCACCUUGGUGACAGGACCAUGCUGCCAAUGAGAACCAGAAGCGAAUGCUGGAGGAGUAUGCACGGAGUUUCACCUUUGGGUCCAUAGAGGCGCACAAGGAGGGCUCUCGUUUCUGGAUCAAAGACAAGGGACCCAUCGUUGAGAGGUGAGAGAGCACUGCCCUCCACAUUUGGCCUUCCACUCUGGAUUAAAAAAGAAGUAGCAAUCCAUUCAUUUUCUGUUCCUCUUUUUUCUAUUUCUCUCCUAGUUAUAUUGGCUUUAUAGAGAGCUACAGGGAUCCCUUUGGUUCCAGGGGAGAGUUUGAAGGUACAAAUGAAGAAGCAAAGCAUGUAUUAUCAAUAUCACCCCUAUUAUCAGGACAUAUUUUGGAAGACUCCUUGGUGAUCUUAUUGGGGUUUGUCUUGUCUUCCCUCAGGCUUUGUGGCUGUGGUGAACAAGGCGAUGAGUGAACGCUUUGCUAAGCUGGUGAGCUCAGCUGAGGUGCUGCUGCCAGAGCUGCCAUGGCCAAAAGACUUUGAGAAGGACCGCUUCCUCCUGCCAGACUUCACCUCCCUGGACGUGCUGACGUUCGCUGGCAGUGGCAUUCCAGCUGGCAUUAACAUUCCCAACUGUGAGUGCCACUUCCAACAGACUCUUUAUCCCUUUAAUAUUGACAUGACUGACCCACAGUGUCUUAUGGUCUUGGAAGGAUCUCUUAAUGACUUCAGCUUGACGUUAACUCUGAGUGUGUGUCUGAUCUGUGUCCAGAUGAUGACAUCAGACAGUCGGAGGGCUUUAAGAAUGUCUCCCUGGGCAACGUGCUGGCUGUGGCCUACGCUACCCAGAAGGACAAGCUCACCUUCCUGGAUGAGGAAGACAAGGUAAUCAACAUCCUCACUAUGACCUCCUCAGUACCAGGUGUAAGGCCCUGUGUUUUGGGCAAUCGUGUGUCAUAGCAAGGUUUUAUCCUGUAUUUUUUGCCAGAAAUUGUAAUUAGACCAAAAAUGAAAGCAAUUGUCUUAGAAUUGUUCUGGACAAUCUGACAUCAAAAGAAAAGGGGACAAGUUGAUGAAAAAACUUUAAAUAAAUGUUAAAAUCCAGGUCAUGUGGCAUUAUUGCGCAAAACACAGGGCCCUAUCAAAGAUACAAUUAUGUCUUAGUCUGAUCUUGAUCGGUUCCUUCAAUGGUCUCUCUGUCUGUCUUUCAGGAUAUGUACAUUAAGUGGAAAGGGCCCUCCUUCGAGGUGCAGGUUGGCCUCCAUGAGCUGCUGGGCCAUGGCAGUGGGAAGCUCUUUGUCCAGGUGAGAGAGCGAGAGUCCUCCAUCCAUGCUCAUGUCAUGCAUGGUCUGUCUUUGCAUCCAUAGUCCUGUCUAUGCAUUUGAGUGGUUACAUUUCUCCAGCUCAAUACCCCCCCAGCUGUUUACCAUAACAGUGGCGAAGUGCCCCGCUUUGUUAUUGAUCAAACUGCAGAUUGCUCCUUUAAUAUCUAAAUGUCUGGUUUCUAGCUACAGCCAUUGUAUUUCAUGUUAUGAAGAUUGUGAAUGAUUUAUUGUGUCAUUAUGUGCUGUCAUGUGUACAGGAUGAGAAGGGGACUUUCAACUUCGAGCAGGAUAAUGUUCGCAAUCCUGAGACUGGAGAACAGGUGAGUCUAUACAUCAGUCGUUUGGUAUCAUAAAGAUAGGCUGAUUCUGAGAGAGCAUCAUUUAUUGUUGGGGUGAAGUGACAUACACUACAUGACCAAAAGUAUGUGGACACCUGCUCGUCGAACAUCUCAUUCCAAAAUCAUGAUCAUUAAUAUGGAGUUGGUCCCCACUUUGCUGCUAUAACAGCCUCCACUCUUUUGGGAAGGCUUUCCAUUAGAUUGUUGGAACAUUGCUACAGGGACUUGCUUCCAUUCAUCCACAAGAGCAUUACUGAGGUUGGGCACUGAUGUUGAGCGAUUAGGCCUGGCUCGCAGUCGAUGUUCCAAUUCAACCCAAAGGUGUUCGAUGGGGUUGAGGUCAGGGCUCUGCAGGCCAGUCAAGUUCUUCCACACCGAUCUCGACAAACCAUUUCUGUAUGGACCUCGCUUUGUGCAUGGGGGCAUUAUCAUGCUGAAAUAGGAAAGGGCCUUCGCUAAACUGUUGCCACAAAGUUGGAAGCACAGAAUUGUCUAGAAUGUCAUUGUAUGCUGUAGCGUUAAGAUUACCCUUCACUGUAACUAAGGGGCCUAGCCCGAACCAUGUAAAACAGCCCCAGACCAUUAUUCCUCCUCCACCAAACUUUACAGUUGGCACUAUGCAUUAGGUAGGUAGCGUUCUCCUGUCAUCCGCUAAACCCAGAUUUGUCCAUCGGACUGCCAGAUGGUAAAGCGUGAUCACGCCAAAGAAAGCCUUUCCACUGCUCCAGAGUCCAAUGGCGGCGAGCUUUACACCACUCCAACCAACGCUUGGCAUUGCGCAUGGUGAUCUUAGGCUUGUGCAGCUGCUUGGCCAUGGAAACCCAUUUCAUGAAGCUCCCAACGUUGCUUCCAGAGGCAGUUUGGAACUUGGUAGUGAGUGUUGCAACCGAGGACAGACAAUUUUUACGCGCUACACGCUUUAGCACUCGGUGGUCCUGUUCUGUGAGCUUGUGUGGCCUACCACUUCGUGGCUGAGCCGUUGUUGCUUCUAGACGUUUCCACUUCACAAUAACAGCACUUACAGUUGACCGGGGCAGCUCUAGCAGGGCAGAAAUUCGACAAACUGUUGGAAAGGUGGCAUCUUAUGACGGUGCCAUGUUGAAAGUCACUGAGCUCUUCAGUAAGGCCAUUCUACUGCCAAUGUUUGUCUAUGGAGAUUGCAUGGCAGUGCUCGAUUUUAUACACCUGUCAGCAACGGGUGUGUCUAAAAUAGCUGAAUCCACUCAUUUGAAGGGGUGUCCACAUUCUUUUGUAUAUAUAGUGUAUCUAUGAUCUUGAUUAUUCUUAGAAUUUCUGGUUUGAUUGAGUAUUGUGUAAAGUAUGGUUUCUGUGCUUCAGAUCACCACCUGGUACAAAGGCAAUGAAACAUGGGACAGCAAAUUUUCCACUAUUUCUUGCUCCUAUGAAGAGUGCAGGGCUGAGUGUGUGGGGCUCUACCUCUGCCUCAACAAACACGUGCUCAGGUCUGUUUAUCCAUACUGGUGUACACACAUACAUACUCUGUUACUUACUAAAGCUACAUCAAUAUAUAAACAGUGAUCUUAUGUGGGUUAGGAUGAUCUAACGAGGAUGUUGUCCCUGUGGGUUUGCAGUAUCUUUGGCCAUGAGGGCGAGGAUGCAGAGGAGGUGGUGUACAUCAACUGGCUCAACAUGGUCCGAGCUGGCCUGCUGGGCCUGGAGUUCUACACCCCUGAGAGCAAGAGCUGGAGACAGGUCAGCUACACUAAAGUUCAAUCCAGUACAUCAGCCUGUCACUUUACUUGAUCAUGCUAUCUUUCUUACUCUGUAGCUCUUUGAAUGGCUUCCCUACAGACUGUGAGCUAGCCCCGCGAGCCAGCAUGAUCUCGCUAGCUAACAUGAAUGGUUCACUGCAGAGUAAACCUCCUGUUCUCUCUGUCUCAGGCACACAUGCAGGCUCGCUUUGUGAUUCUGCGGGUGCUCCUGGAGGCUGGCGACGGGCUGGUGACUCUGAAGGAGAGUACAGGAAAGGAUGGGUGCCCAGAUGCCCUUAUAACGCUGGACCGCAGCAAGGUCCACACUGUGGGCAAAGCUGCCAUCGAGAGGUUCCUAUGCAAACUACAGGUACAGCCGUAGAAGCCUAGAAAAUGUCUUGAUCAUGGCUGGGAUUACAGGGGUAAAUUACCAGCCAUCAAUAUUCAUACAAAAAAUCUAAUCAGGUCUCCUAUUUGACCCAUUAUCAUCUCUGUCCCUGCAGGUCAUCAAGUCCACAGCUGAUGUGGAGGGAGGCAGAGCUCUGUAUGAGGGCUACUCAGCCGUGUCAGAUACUGGUUCUCACAACUUCCUGCGCCUGCGUGAGACUGUUCUCCUGCGCAAAGAGGCUCGCAAGAUGUUUGUUCAGGCCAACACAAGGGUCAAAGGUCAGUCUUUUUCCCCUCUCCUAAUGCCAAGACACGUCUACAUUUAAAUGGCACUUCAUAUACACUACCGGUCAAAAGUUUUAGAACACCUACUCAUUCAAGGGUUUUUCUUUAUUUUUACUAUUUUCUACAUUGUAGAAUAAUAGUGAAGACAUCAAAACUAUGAAAAAACACAUAUGGAAUCAUGUGGUAACCCAAAAAGUGUUAAACAAAUCAAAAUAUAUUUUAUAUUUGAGGUUCUUCAAAUUGCCACCCUUUGCCUUGAUGACAGCUUAGCACACUCUUGGCAUUCUCUCAACCAGCUUCACCUGGAAUGCUUUUCCAACAGUCUUGAAGGAGUUCCCACAUAUGCUGAGCACUUGUGGGCUGCUUUUCCUUCUCUCUGCGGUCCGACUCAUCCCAAACCAUCUCAAUUUGGUUGUGGAGGCCAGGUCAUCUGAUGCAGCACUCCAUCACUCUCCUUCUUGGUAAAAUAGCCCUUACACAGCCUGGAUGGCUCAUUGUACUGUUGAAAAACAGAUUAUAGUCCCAUUAAGCCCAAACCAGAUGGGAUGGUGUAUCGCUGCAGAAUGCUGUGGUUUGCCUGCACAGACAGUGUCACCAGCAAAGCACCCCCACACCAUAACACCUCCUCCUCCAUGCUUUAUGGUGGGAAAUACACAUGCAGAGAUAAUCUGUUCACCCACACCGCGUCUCACAAAGACACAGCGGUUGGAACCAAAAAUCUCCAAUUUGGACUCCAGACCAAAGGACAAAUUUCCACCGGUCUAAUGUACAUUGCUCGUGUUUCUUGGCCCAAGCAAGUCUCUUCUUCUUAUUGGUGUCCUUUAGUAGUGGUUUCUUUGCAGCAAUUCGACCAUGAAGGCCUGAUUCACACAGUCUCCUCUGAACAGUUGAUGUUGAGAUGUGUCUGUUACUUGAACUCUGUGAAGCAUUUAUUUGGGCUGCAAUUUCUGAGGCUGGUAACUCUAAUGAACUUAUCCUCUGUAGCAGAGGUAACUCUGGGUCUUCCAUUCCUGUGGCGGUGCUCUUGAGAGCUAGUUUCAUAAUAGCGCUUGAUGGUUUUUGCGACUGCACUUUGUUCUUGAAAUGUUCCGUAUUGACUGACCUUCAUGUCUUAAAGUAAUGAUGGACUGUCGUUUCUCUUUGCUUAUUUGAGCUGUUCUUGCCAUAAUAUGGACUUGGUCUUUUACCAAAUAGGGCUAUCUUUUUUUAUACCCAACCUAAGCUGGUUUAGAGAAUGCCAAGAGUGUGCUAAGCUGUCAUCAAGGCAAAGGGUGGCUAUUUGAAGAAUCUCAAAUAUAAAAUAUAUUUUGGUUUGUUUAACACUUUUUUUGGUUACUACAUGAUUCCACAUGUAUUAUUUCUAUAGUUUCUACUAAGUAGAAAAUAGUAAAAAUAAAGAAAAACCCUUGAAUGAGUAGGUGUUCUAAAACUUUUGACCGGUAGUGUAUAUCUUCCUACUAAGUGGUCUACCUUCUUCAUGGAAAGACUUAUCACCUGGCCUAAACCAUUCUAAUAGCACAUACGCCAUUGGUAUUCUAAGACCUGAUGUAUUGUGUGAUGCAGGUGAAAGUGUGGAGCUGGUGGAAUACGAGGGCAGUGCAGCCGGACUGAUCCGCUCCUUCACAGAACGGUUUGCAGACGACGCCGAGGAGGUGGAGGCCCACCUGCUAGAGCUGAACAAGAGGGAUGCCCCCUGCUGGUGCUGA